CAGCGCUAAAGUUUUCUUCUCCCGAGUCCCUAUCGCCAUUCUUCGUCCUCCGAGCGCCUGCUCCGAGCCCCUCCUCCGGGCGUCGCCUCCUCCGAGCGCCUCCUCCGAGCCCCUCCUUCGAGCUCCGCCUCGUCCUAGCGCCUCCUCCUCCGAGCGCCUCCUCCGAGCCCCUCCUUCGAGCUCCGCCUCGUCCUAGCGCCUCCUCCUCCGAGCCCCUCCUCCGGCUCCGAGGGCCUCCUCCUCCGAGCACCGCCUCUUGACUCCCGACUCCGGUGAGUCCCGACUCCCGACAGAGGUUCUGUCCAGAUUCGGCGAUACCCGGUCCGCUUGCUCUUCAGUGCUCAUUCUAAACUUUUACUGCGCAUAGCGGCGGUGGCGACGGCGAGCGAAAUCGGAACGAAGAGAUGUCAUAUAUGAGAGGAGAUCUGCUGACGAGGACGAGGAAGCUGGUGAAGGGCCUCGCCAAGCCCACCCCUGUUUGGCUCAAGGCCAUGGAACGGGCACCGCCCGUGGCAUUUCCUCGUACCGAUGGAAAGAUCAAGAAGAUUGAGAUGCCGGAGGAUAUUUACAUCAAGAGGUUCUUCAGGAAACAUCCGGAUUCCCUAUACCACGAUGCCAUAAAGAUAAGUGGAUUUGAUCCCCCUCCUGCACGAGUUUUUGCUUGGCGCGUGCUGGAACUGAAAGGACAGGGUGUCUGUGAAGAGGAGGCCAUGGCUGUAGCUGAUAUGGAAUAUCGUGCUGAGAAGAAAGCAAAGAAGAAGGCAUACGCCGAGUUGAAACAAAUUGCACGCCUCCAGGGGAAGGCACCACCUCCAAACCCAUAUCCAAGUGCCAUCAAAGAGAUACAAGCAGAGGAGAAGAAAUAUGUUCAUGAUCGUUUCUUUAAUCCCAAGAUACUUGAGAUUGUGCGAAACAUGAAAGCUGAAAAGGCUGCGCAGAGGCAAGAUCAACAAGGAGGUGGCGGAAGUGGUACAGGUGGCGGCCAGCCUCGUGGCUGGAAUGUUGGUCAGCGCUGGUGAACUCCAUUCAUGGUUAUAUAAGGGGCUUUGUUAAAUUUUGUCCUUUGUCUGAUCAGUUUGUUCAGAAACUAGCGAACAUUUCAUCUUCAGGGGGUAUGUAAUUCACACUUUGGUUGUCUUCUUAAUAAAUGAAAAUAGCUUUUUGUCCGCAGUUUUAGCACAAUGUAUCAAAGAUUGACACAGUAACUAGUGGCAUAUUCAUCGAGUCUUAGUUACUUA